AUCCGCGCGUCAACAGCAACAGCUAGGAUGUUGCGAUAUCGCUGGCAGCCAAAGAUUGCUGUGGUUGCAGAGAUUAGGCUGCUGGGGUUUUAACCUCUGACUGACGUUUUGGGGAUUUUAAAUUGUGUGGUUUCGUAUUUGUAGCUACAGUUGCAACGUACGUAGGUUGUAGUUCCCUGUCAUCAAUAAUCGUUUUGUUUGUAGAGGGGCUGAAACGCGCUAAACGUUAGCUUUCUGAAACCAUAGUUUUUAUCGUAAAUGGGAGCAAUUAAAUAGCUUGACGGGUAGCUAUGUGCCAUGUAACGGUCGCUACACUUGGCUAAGGAUGGAAAUAUUUUUUCGGGCAACGCUACCAAACGAAUUACACUGCGGAUAUCUCGCACUGAAGACAGUAUCUUUAGAGGAUAACCUGGGUAACCUUACACGAAAUGUCAUAGCGCGUAAGUAGCUAGCACUUAGCUAGCUCUGUAACGACCGGACGAGAUGGAGAAGGACCUAAUGUUAUCAGCAGCAGCAGCCGGCCGUGAGCAGCUGGAUGGAUAGCUAAAGAGAGACUUUCUCCGGAGAUGCUUUAUGCUCCUGGGUGGUGUAAUUCACUUACAUAACAGCUAGCCGCUUCAAGCUACCACCAACUAGCGUGUGUUGUCAAGCAAAUGGGAAUUUUGCCACCAAAAAUCUGGGUUAUCUCAAAAUCAUCAUAGGUGGCAAAUGGAUCACUGCAUGUUUUGAGGCUGUAAAUAGACUUACUUGAAGCUUCGGACCCUUUUAUGUGCACAGUCUGAUCUGUAUUGUCUAUCUAGUGCAAUAAUUAACUACACAGGACACAAGCAGUUCAUCUGUGUUUCUGUGAUUGAGUUACUCCUCCCGUCGUUGCGACAACAUGAGGAAGUUCUUCGAUUCCCGUCGGGAGUUGGUGAGCUCCGGGCCUGGUUCUGGAGGAGGAGGUUGCAGCUCUGGGUCCAGCCAUGCAGGCGGAAAUUUCAUUGGCAAAGCCUUCACUGUCGGGAAGCACCAAGUCACUGUGGAGGAGAUCAUUGCUGAAGGUGGUUUUGCGAUUGUUUUUCUUGUGAAAACAAAUCAGGGGGUGCGCUGCGCCCUGAAGAGAAUGUAUGUCAACAAUGAGCAUGAUCUGCAAGUGUGCAAGUGCGAGAUUCAAAUAAUGAAAGACCUUGUCGGUCACAAGAAUAUUGUUGGUUAUCUAGACUCCAGUAUCACAGCGAUGGGAUCCCGGGAUGUAUGGGAGGUUUUUAUUCUGAUGGACUACUGCAAGGGAGGGCAGGUGGUCAACUUGAUGAAUCAGAGGCUGCAGACCGGCUUCACAGAGGCAGAGGUGCUGCAGAUCUUCUGCGACACCUGUGAUGCCGUUUCUCGCCUGCACCAGCGCAAGACACCUAUCAUCCACAGAGACCUUAAGGUGGAGAACAUACUGUUGCAUGACAAGGGUCAUUAUGUGCUGUGUGACUUUGGCAGCGCCACCAACAAGUUCCAGAGCCCGCAGACUGAAGGAGUGGCCACAGUAGAAGAGGAGAUCAAAAAGUACACUACUUUAUCAUAUCGUGCCCCAGAGAUGGUGAACCUCUACAACAAUAAGAUUAUCACAACGAAAGCAGAUGUCUGGGCAUUGGGCUGUUUGCUGUACAAGUUGUGCUUCUUCACUUUGCCCUUUGGUGAAAGCCAGGUGGCCAUCUGUGAUGGCAGUUUCACAAUUCCUGACAACUCCCGCUACUCUUAUGAUCUUCACUGCCUCAUUCGGUACAUGCUGGAGCCAGAUCCCGACAAACGGCCAGAUAUCUAUCAGGUGUCCUUCUUUGCUUUUAAACAAGCUCAUCGGACCUGCCCCGUUCAGAAUGUGAAGAAUUCUCCGAUUCCUACUAAACUUCCCGAGCCAAUCAAAGCGAGCGAGGCUGCUGCAGCAAAGAAGAGCCAGACUAAACCCAGACUGACAGAUCCAGUCCCCACCACUGAAACCUCCAUCACCCCUCGUCAGAGGCCCAAAGCAGCCCAUACUCAGCCUGCGGCUGGCAUCCUACCCAUCCAGCCUGCUGCUCUCACCCCUCGCAAGCGGGCUAAUCUCCCUGGUGGUGCGGCUCAGCCUGUGGGAGUGAGCUUAGACCUCUCCCAGCCAGCUGCAGCUCUGCUGUCACAGAAGGCUCAGACUUCAGCUCUGCCUCUCAUCCAGUCACAAAACAAUUCAAGUCAGGCUGCAGCUCUGCAGAAACAGCCGGUGCAGACAGUGGCAGCUCCAGCAGCAGAGAAUACACCAACAGCAGCAGCAGCGGUCGUGUCACCAGUGAUCAAAGCUGACAUCCAACCUCAAGCACAGCCAACAGUUCAGCAGCAGACCACACCUCUCUCUGCGGUCAGUGCCCCCUCCCAGCAGGCUGAUCAGACUCCAUCAAGUCCCGCCCCUCCUCAGCGCCCGGCUCGACGUAAGCAGCCAGGCCCAGCUCCGCAGCCAGGGGCUCAGGCUUCACCCACCAAAACUGCUCCGCAGGUAUCUCAGCAGCAGGCUCCGCUCCCCUGCACCGACAUCAGCCAAAAAGCAGCGGAGAAUACUCCACCCGCUUCUCCAAAGACUUUUGAAGAACGAGGCCAUCAACGCACACCAAGUGAUGCCACGCUGAGCAGUGUUACUGGUGACUCCACACAUCAACCACAGGAAGUUAACAGAGAUGCUGCUCUGAACCAAUCACUUACAUCUCCACCAAACAGCACUCAGCCUGCUGUUGGUGAUGCAGGCCAGGACCCGAGCAAAGCCGGAUCAACAAACACCCCCACACAGCCUGCAUGGAACCCGUUUGACGACGACAACUUCUCCAGCCUCACUGGAGAGGAAGUCAGAGGUGAUGAAGCAAAGCCUGCUGAUUUACCUUCAGAAAUCGAGCCAGCACCCUCUGAGGUUCUGAUUCCAGGCCUGCAGGCCUCGACUGAAGAAGAUAUAUCGCAAGAAAGCGCUGAAAAACCAUCAGCCAUUGUUGAUGUGGAUUCGGGGGCUUCGCUGUUGGCUCUGCCGGAUGCUUUCUGUUCCCUUGAGCUGUCUGAUACACCAGAGAAGCUGAUUGAGGGGCUCAAAUCUCCAGAACCCUCCUCACUCAUGCUUCCCGACCUCUUGUCAUUGUCUGACCCCUUCGGUGGCUCUGUGGAGGAGUCUGCGAAAGACCCUCUGACUGCCGACGACUCUCUCCUGGGCUGCUCUCUGAUCUCUGGUCCGUCCGCCCCUCCGGCAGCGAGCAGCACCACCUCCUCCGUCUCCUCGGCUCCCACCUCUGCUGCCUCUGCUUUGGAUGAUUUCAGCCUGCUGUCUGGAGACUCUGGACAGCCUAAAGCAGACUCGUCUCUCCUGAUCUCAGACUUCGAGUCCCAGCAAGUGGGUGCAGCAGAGGCUGGCGAAGAGGACGAGUUUGAUCCCAUUCCCGUCACAGGCAGAAAGAACUCCCAAGUUUCAGGAGGCCACUCGCGCAGUAACAGUGGCGGCUCUGAAUCCAGCCUGCCCAGCUUGGCUCGCUCCAUGAUGCUGGUGGAUCAGCUCAUCGACUUGUAGGCGCCCAACCAGCCCCCCUCCCCCUCCCCCCCCCCCUUCCGUAGAAGCUGUAACACUGGAUUAUAGACUGGCAUAGCAUAACAGCAAUUGACACUGUUGCCAUAACUAGCUUCCUGCACCCUCCCUCCAGCUGUUAUCUCCAUUCUAGCUGCCACAGUAGAAACAGCCUGUCAGUGCUUCUUCAUCCCCGCCUGCUCUGCCGAAUCGACCGCAUUAUCUGCCUCUCCUCACCUCUCAUCUCUUUCUCUCUCUCACUUACGUCCUCUCUUUGUUUAAUUCUCUACAUAUCAUGUAUCGUCCAUCUGUUCAAGAGUGGCCAGUAGACUAACAUCAUCCUUUCUAAACAUAUCUCCGUCAAUCACCAGAUAAUAUUGCUAUCCCAUUUGUUUGAACAAUAUUGCAUUAUGUCUAAUAGCAAACAAUAGAAGAUCAUUGUUGUGAUGUACAAUAGGCAUAGUUAUAAGUGGUUGUAGUUAUUAUGGUGCACAAGUGAACUUGUCGUCGUAUGCCUUUUUAAAAUUCUCCUGCCCUGAUUUAUUUGCACAUUUUCGAGUCGAACCAUGAAAAAGUGAAGAGUUUAUUUCUUCUGUUAAAGGGAAACUUAGUCAUGUAGCCUGAUUUUCACAGUAGCAUAAAUGUGACCUCUGUCAGGGCUGGUGGAUGGAAUUUAUUUAGCUGCUAUAGAUUAGACUGAAGAGGACAUCAAAUUAACUGAAUGAUUGGAAACAAACAGCCAUAACAUAACGUCAUUGUUAACAGGACACUGAGGGUCAUUUCACUCAAAGGACAGCUUUGGCACUACAGCGCAUGAGUGUCUGCAAGUCAAUGACAGACACAGUUUGAAGUGCCCUUAGUGAGUAAGUAGCAGAUAUGUUUGCAGCCACCUGUGAGAUACAACCAUCUCCCAUUUGAAAAUGAGCUGAGGGACCUUUCUCAAACCUCUCCCUUCACACUUCCCCUCCAUUUGCGCUCUCGUGUUGGACGGUCUGCCGUCAUUGAAUGCCGUCCAAAAUCUCUUGAGUGUGGAGUGAGACUGACUAUUUUUUAAAAUCCUCAAACAGCAAGUCUGCGACGAUGCUCCCUUACUGAACAGGUGUAACCACUAUUAUUGUUCAUCAUGGUAGACGAUCCGUGCAUAAAUGUUUUUUUUUGUUAUCACCCACACAAACUUAAACACCUCUGAAUAAGAUUUUUUUAGUAUAAUACAGAAUUUUUUUUUUUUUUUUUUUUUAAAUCUAAAAGUUUAAUUCAAGAUUGUAUAGUCUUGAAAACGGUACAUGUGAAGACCGUGAAGUGUUUAUGUUGUAUAUUUAGAGGGACUUGCAAAAACGUAUCAUCUUAUAAUCAUCAAAUUGAAUCGAUAAGCUGUUACAGAAAGCAAAGCCACUAAGAACAUAGAGAGUUUUAUGUCAUAUAUAAGAGGAGGAUUUUAAUGAGUCUGCCUGGUGGUAUUUAUGUAGACAACAUGUUAUUUGAGUGGUUUUGCAUAAAACCAUGUUUCGUAAAGUUCCUGUUUCUGUGGGCGUGAGGGGGAGUUUGUCCCAAAACUUGCUGCUGUCUUCACACCCUCCACCUGAACAAAGGAUACUUCACCCAUCGGUGGGCGUGACGUCAAACAGAGCUCAAACUGUGCUGAGUGGGGAGGGAUUGGUUUGAGAAAGACCCGAGGUCAGGCGCAUUUGUGACAGAUUAUGCCAAUGACCGACCAAAACGUGAUCUGAAGUAAAUUGCAAAGUAUUUCCCUGCAUCUUUAGAAACAGGUAGUAACAGGCAGGUGGGCCUACUCCUGUUAAAAUCUGUCAUAGUGAUAGCAACAGCACCUGGCUUUAUAAAGUAAUGUGAGAUAACCAUGUCAUAGUAACAUAUGACCUCAAUAAGACGGCUACAAAUAAUUGAGGGGCUGAAGAAGACCUUUUUGCGCCUUGCGCCAUCGUUUGCUUCCAGAUUGUUUGUUACUGGACUAACAGAAGGUGGUCUGACAUGCUGUUAAUGCAUCUGCACCAUGCGCUAUAUAAAAGUUUUUAUUGGUCUUUAAAAAAAAAAAACAUCUAGAUCAGCCUAAGCAGAGAAGUGCCAGGAAAUAAAAUGAAGAAUAAGAAUAGUAUAAUAUGUGGCACAAAGGACAGAUGAUUGGACCUCUGACAGUAAACCAGCUGAACUCUGAGUUUAACAACAACACAUACAGUAUGAUUUCCAAACAUUCACUGGCACCUGCUUUCAUUUGCUGUUAUUCUUGUAAGCAACAGUUUGUUACAGAAUACUACAAGGGAAUUAUCUGGAUCAUAACAGUAUGUACAGGAGUGUGCCAUAUCAGUAGAAAAUGCAUGAACUCAUGAGAAUAAUUUAAAUAAUCAACAUAAGUAGGAAACAGUAGAAUUAAAGUAGUUAUUAUAUAGAGAUCAUAAGUGACUCUGGGUCAUUUUUUGGGCACAAACAGAUGAUUAAUAUGGCAAUUUUCAAAAAUGAUUCUCACUCACUUCUAUUCGUUCUUAUGUCACCACAAACAUUCAUCCUGCAUUGUGCAAUCCUCCCGACAUUCCUGUCAUUUGUUUACUCCUAAUUUAUGUAAAUAGAUAUCUGUUACCCCUGCAGGCUCCUCUCCAGACCAUACAAGUGGUGUAUAUAUGAAGUCCUUGUCAUAAAGCUUUACUUGUGAGAAACAUAUUGCUUUACUGGUGAAAUCUCGUAUACAUAUCUUUGUACAUACACUCUGUAUGUGGAUAUAUAUAUGAGCCAUAAAUGACAUGGUUUUCCUGUUAAUAAAUGUUAAUAUGAAUAGAGUGUUAGAGAAUGAAUGUAAGAAAUAAAUAUUAGUCUAUAAUUCAAAAAAAAAAUCUAUGAUUCUUAACACCAUAAUCCAAUGAAUAAUAUUGAAGAAUAUAUACAUAUUUCAUUCCUCUUUGUGGAAUUGUGUGUUGAGAAAGUUUUUUUUCUUGGUUAUAUCUGCUCUAUAAUUGUCGGUACUUUAUAAUGUAUAGAUGAUAAUCCCGGUCUUUGUUCAACCUGGAGGUACGGCCUGAUCCCAUGUCUUAUUCCUCCUCCUCUGUGAAAAAGAAAAAGUGAGCCUGUGUUAUGUUUGUUAACGUAAACCUAUGAAGGAUUAUAUUUUUUAUUCCAAACAGUUAAGAGUUUUCUGGGAGAAAAAAAGGCAAAAAAAAAAAAAAAAAAAAAGAAGUGGGGCGCUGAACAUCUAAAAAAACUGUUUCAUUUCAUUGCUGAAGUAGAACUUUUCUUUUGAAUCGUGCUCCGUAAAGCUUUGUUUUUUGCUUUACCCGGUUGUUCUUUAUUAUUUUUUUUUUUUAGUGAUCACAGAGUUCAUAUGAAAAAGCAUGGCAGUGUUGUUGAAUGUUCUGUUCACGUGUGUUGAUAUACAGUGUUAAGAUAAGUAUGUGUGAGUGUGCGUGGAGUCAGAAUUGUUGGAUGUGAAUUUCUGGUAGCCUACUUGUGUUGUUGUUAGCUGCAAAACAUGGCGACGCUUGUGAACCACGUUGUCAUUAAAAUCUCUUCUGAAAGCACAGCCCCCCCCCUCCCCCUCCUCUAAAUUCUCUCAGGAAGUUAGAGCCACAUCCUUCUCUCUGAGACUGCUCCUUACUGUGCGCUGAAAGUCUGAGCUCCAUAUUACAGUUUAGAGAACUACUUUGUUAGGUGACAUGCGAGGGGCUCUGUAACGUGUGAAAGGGUUAAAAGGUACAACACUGCUGCUGCAGCAUCCAAUCAGCUGCCCAGGGUUUGAAAUAUCAGCUCCAAUCAGCAAUAUAAGUGUUUCUGUAGGAUCAAACAAAGUUAUUUUUCUUCCCACACACAUCACAGUAGGAAGACUACCUCCAUCUUUUUGCCUUUUUCAUUUUGUCUUGUUAAGAAUGAAUCUUUUUAGCAUGCUGUACGAUCCACUUAAAGCUCCUGUGAGAAGAUUUCAGCCAAUGAAACAGAUUGAAAUGAAAACCAUUGUCUCUCUAUGAAGUGCAAAAGUAAACAAGACCAUCAGCAACAAAAUUGAUUAUUUCUAUUAAUUUUUUUCUGGAUGGCUGUAAACGCUGCCGCGGUGUAGUUAAAGUCAUGUGAAGUUAUUAUCUCCAGCUGCUGAAUCAGGAAAGAUUCUUGAUGCGUUAUAGGUUUCUCUGUUAAAACAAAGCAGGCUGCAUACAAUCAGCAUAGAGAUAAAAGGGGUUGCAUGGUCCCCAGGGGGCGCCAAAAUCAACACAAACCGAAAGUUCCUCACAGAAGCUUUAACAUACUCCUCUCUGGAAAGUACAGUUAAAAUAAUAACUCCUCAUAACAUUGAAAGAUUUUAAAAUAAUGAACAUAUCAGUAACGGCUUUGCUAAGUGCUAAUAAAGAAGAUAACUCGUUAAAAGUUUACAGAUGCUAGUUAGAAGUUAUCCUAUUACUGUACAUACAUUCAAUAUGUAUGAUUAUAUUUAAAAUGACUGAACUCAAGACAGCAGCAGAAAGAUAAAUCACAGUGAAUCUCUGAUAACUGAAUUUAAGCAAAUUACUUACAUUCAGGAGUUUCAUGAACAUAUCUUGUUUUUCUGCCCAUCUCAAUUUUGACCGUAAUUUACCUCCAAUCUUGAGAGUACUUGGAGUAGAGUUUGUGAGAAGAUAAAGGAGUGUGUGGUAUCAGAGAAACACUCUCCUGGGUGUAUGACUGUGGAGACUGCAUGUACAGCUGAAGGUGUUUUGUUUUUGUUUUAUCAUCUUCUUUAUGAUCCUCUCAUUGAACGACUCCCAACAUUAGCAGUCACUGUUUGAACCUAUGCAACUCCCGAGCUUUCUCCCUGUAGCCGCCAAUGUGCUGUCGUGAUCGAUUAAAGCUAAGCAAAGUAGUGAGAUUAGUCCUCGAUGUGAAACAGAAGCCCCUCAUCUCCUCUGUUGUUCUGCCAAAUACGAACGCUGUCGAUUUCUCUGAAAACUAUUUGAGUGUUUUGAGACGCCUCUUUGUCUUUACGGCCCAAACCUGCGUCAGAGCUGUGGUAUCAUGUGCUCCUUCUAUUUUUGUGAGAUAAUUAAAGAAUUAUAAAGGGAUGGCAAAUAAAAUACAAAUGUGAAUGUCAA